CUGGUUCUGGCUAUAAAAUGCUUUUGUUUACUGCAAUUGGCUCAAAGGCAGUAAAAUGGCUUAGUGGCGUCAAUUAACUGCGGGACUAACACCUUAGAUCAAGUGCUGUACAUGUACUUUCAGAGCGCAAUUUCUCAACGCCAGUUUCACUACUCAACACCUCCCACCUCUCGCACGGCAUCUCCAACAUCGUCGUCGCACAACCUCGCAGCAAUGGAAGAACCAACAGAACACCACGACAUUCUCGUUAUAGGAGCUGGCCUCUCCGGUAUUAACACCGCCCACGUUCUCAACCAGAGACUCCCCCACCGCUCGUACACGAUCCUCGAGGCGCAAUCAGCCAUUGGCGGAACAUGGCGCUUCUUUCGCUACCCGGGCUUUCGAUCCGACUCCUUCAUGACAGCUUUUGGUCUGUCAUGGUAUCCUUGGAAACAUAAGCAUAAGAUGGCGCAGGCGGGCGAGAUCGUGGACUAUCUGGAGGAGGCUGUUGAUGCAGCAGGCUUAAGGGACAAGAUUCGCUUCCGACAUAAGAUGCUGGCGUGCGAAUGGCGGACAGACGAGCAGAAUUGGAAGAUAGAAGUCGAUGCGGACGGUCAGCAAAAGACCUAUAUCGCCAACUUCGUCAUCAGCUGCGUGGGUUAUUAUGCGUACGACAAGGCUUUUCCGACGACAAUUCCUGGUCUCAAGGGCUUCGGGGGACAGGUCGUUCACCCUCAAUGGUGGCCCGAAGAUCUCGACUACUCUAGCAAGCGCGUCAUCGUCAUCGGAUCAGGAGCCACAGCGAUCACAAUCGUCCCAUCACUUGCUGAGAAGGCAGAUAUGGUGACUAUGCUCCAGCGCAGUCCAUCCUUCGUCAUCUCCCGACCUACAACUUCCACCAUCGACUCUUGCUUGAAGUCUAUGCUUCCCUUCUCAUUAGCAUACUGGCUGGUGUAUUGGAAAGACGUGUUGGCCGAAGUCUUUUCCACUCAGUUUCUACUCAACUUCCCUGCAUUGGGUCGCAAGGUCUUGAUGGGGGAGAUGCAAAAGGCACUGCCCAAGGACAUUGACGUCAAUGUUCACUUUAACCCCAGGUACAAUCCUUUCCAACAACGACUCUGCAUGUGUCCAGAUGAGGACUUCUUCAAGGCCCUGCAUCAGGGCAAUUGCGAGAUUGUGACAGACACAAUCGAGACUGUCACAAAGGACGGUAUCUUGCUUAAAUCUGGUCGCAAGCUCGAAGCCGAUAUCAUCGUUACCGCAACGGGGUUGUACUUCCAACUCUUCGGCGGCAUAACCCCGUUGGUAGACGGGCAGUCUAUCGAGGUUGGCUCACAUUACGCCUGGCGUGGCUGCAUGGUCGACUCUGUCCCUAACAUGGGCUUCGUGAUGGGCUACGUGACAACGUCUUGGACACCUGGGGCCGACAUUAUGGCCAAGACAUUGAUAAGCGUUAUCAAGGAAAUGGAGAAGACGGGAUCAACGAGUGUUAUGCCCGUGCUGAGUGAAAAGGAUAAGAGCAAGCCGCAGAAGCUACCCGUCAAUGCUACCAGCAGCUAUUUCGUCAAAGCUGCGGACCGCAUGCCAAAGGUGACUGAUGAAGGUCCAUGGUAUGGACGGGUGAACUUGGCCAAGGAUUGGUGGGCGUGGUUGAUGGGUGAUAUGACGAGUGGGCUUCUCUACAGCGGAGGACAAAGAAAGAAGGAUAUCUGAAGUGUGGAUAUUAGAGAGAAACAAUAAUGCCAAGAGUUUGCUUUUCGGGAUUGUUGGAUCUUGAUGGCGUUUGCCUGGAUUCGACGUUGCCGGAGGAUUACUAGCUGACACGAUUUAUGAAUGAUGAAAAUGGCAUUAACUUAUAAGCUUAUCUAAAUCCUUGUAAUUUCAUAUCUUACAUCUAAUUCAUGCUGACCAAUUCUGAGC